CGGGGCUUCCGUAGAAGUGCUUUGUUAUAUCCUCACCCACAAUCCCCCGUGUACUUGUUUGAGUUCACGAUCUAGCGAUUUCAAAGGUAUUUUUGCACAGACUAGACACUAAUGUCCGAAGCCUUAAAGAAACGGAAGUCGAAGGUUCUCCGGAGUGAAGGAGGAACCGCGGAGAUGAAGCGAGGUCGAGGGGAGCUGGAGCAGCAGGAUGUACGGGUCUAUAAUGAGGAGGGGGAGCUGGAUGCUAGAGACCCUGAGCAAGACUAUUUGCAGUACAAGGAAUCAUGUGAGAGUCUGGCCAGGCUCAUGAAUGAGAUUCAGGAGCUGAAAGCCAAUGGAGCCAAAGAAGGGUGCGCAGAGGUCGAGCAGAGACGUAUGCAGAGCUGCAUCCACUUCAUGAAUCUGAAAAAACUCAACCGUCUGGCUCAUAUGCGACUAAAGAGAGGCAGAGACCAGACACAUGAGGCAAAACAAAAAGUGGAUGUGCUGCAUCUUCAGUUACAAAACCUGCUUUAUGAAGUCAUGCAUCUUCAGAAGGAAAUCAGCAAGUGUCUAGAGUUCAAGUCUAAGCAUGAAGACAUAGACUUGGUGAGUGAAGAGGAGUUUUACCAGGAUGCCCCACAGGAGAUUUCUAGGCCUCGCCUCACAAAAAAUGAUCCUCACCAGCUCACACUGGCCCGGCUGGACUGGGAGCUUGAACAGAGGAUGAGGUUGGCAGAGAAAUACAAGGAAUCACAAGCAACAAAGGAGAAAAUUCAGAAGAGCAUUGAGGUGAAGAAGGAGCAUCUGACAAGCUUGCAGCCAGGACUCAAUGCUAUCAUGCAGGCAUCUAUCCCAGUGCAGGAUUACCUGUCCAUGCCAUUUGAACAGACCCAGAAACAGACAGAGGUUUCCCCCCACCUGCCUCCGCCCCUCUAUGUGCUGUUUGUUCAAGCAAAUGCAUAUGGCCAGGCCUGUGACAAGAACCUGUGUGUGUCCAUCAGUGGUGAUGUGGAUGAGGCCAAGGCUCUGUCCAAACCUCCAGAUGAUUCACAGGAUGAUGAGAGUGAUUCAGAUGCAGAAGAGGAGCAAGAGAAAACGAAGAGAAGGCGGCCAACUACAGGAGGCCAGCUGGAUGACAAACGACGAGAGAUGCUGAAAAGGCACCCCCUGUCCUUAUGCUUGGACCUCAAGUGCAAAGAUGGCAGCAUGCUCCAUCUCUUCUUCUACUACCUGAUGAAUCUGAACAUUAUGACAGUCAAGACCAAGGUCUCUACCAACACCGACCUCACCACAGCCAUCAGCGCAGGUGACCUUCUGAAGGAAGAUACUCUCCUCAGCUGUCUCUACACUAAUGAUCAGGGGAGGGAAACUCCAAAUCCAGCUAAUCGCUACCAGUUUGACAAAGUCGGGAUCAUUUCCUUUGCCGAUUAUGUGGAAGAUCUGGGAUAUCCCUACAUGUGGGUUCAAAAUCUUGGAGGACUGUGUUUUCCUAGUGACUCCUCAGAGGGAGGACUUGUGGGCAGUUCCCUGAGUGCCAGUCACAUGGAGUGCACCAUGAAGCUUCUGAGGUCACGAGUCCUGUCCCGCUUGGCUCUGCACAAACAAUUUGCCUCUUUAGAGCACAGCAUCCUCCCAGUCUCCAGUGAGUGUCAGCACCUCUUUCCUGCCAAGAUGAUCUCCCAUUUAGCACGCUGGACUACAAUCAGCCAACAGGAGUACAUGAGUCUUCUGUAUACACGUCAUGUAACUGAUGCUGGGCUAGCAAAGGAGACGGAUCUUUACUUUAUGGCAGUGGUCGAAAGAGGCACAGCUCGCCUCCAGGCCGCAGUGGUGCUGAGUCCCCGUUACCCAGUGGUCUCUCCUCUGUUCUCCCUCUCCCUCAGCUGGAAGGGAGAGUGUAGUGGGCGCACUGAUGACAACCUUCGAGCCAUGGAGAGUGAAGUUAAUGUGUUCAAAAAUGAACUACAGGGACCACGUCCCGGACACCAGCUCCUCACCAAUCAGCUUUUACGUCUGUGUGUCUGCCUGGAUGUGUAUUUGGAGACAGAAGGGCAGGAUGAUGGCGUGGAAGGACCUCGAGAGUUCCCCCGUGAAAAGAUGUGCUUGCGCACAGUCAGGGGUCCAAAUCGCUUGAAGCCAUUCAAGUACAACAACCCUCAGGGCUUCUUCAGUCACCGUUAACUUGUUUAUAUAUUUGUCCUUCACUCAUUUAAAACGUUUAGGUGUCAAGGUUAUCGUGGCUCUUUUGAAACACAAAGUAUGUUUUAUAAAAUUUUGGAAAAGAAAAUAAAACAAAACAACAAUAAAACAUGGUAUUUUCAUUAA